AUGUUUCGUCAAAUACUGGUCCAUCAAGAUAACAGACACCUGCAACUCAUCCUGUGGAGAAAGGAUCCUGAUCAUGAAGCCCAGGUGUAUCAGUUUAAUACUGUGACCUAUGGGACAACAUGCGCACCUUAUCAUGGCAUGCGACGCUUGCGUGAACUGGCAGCAUUGUAUAAAGCAGAAUUUCCCUUGGCAUCCAGAGUUCUUGAAGAGGACUUCUAUAUGGAUGACCUCUUGACUGGUACAAGUACCCCUGAGGUCGCCAUUCAGCUACAACAGCAGUUAUCCAAGCUCUUGAUGCUUGGCCAGUUUCCACUUCGAAAGUGGAGGUCCAAUGAUCCACAGAUCCUACGAGGUCUCCAAGAGCAUAAUAAAACUGAAGAGUUAUUUACUAUCGACAAGGAGGAAGCACUCAAGACAUUGGGACUCUUCUGGAACGCACCUGAGGAUAUUUUACAAUAUCAUGUUCAGCUUUCACAAGACUCUGUUAAUACCAAACGUCAGGUAUUGUCUAGAAUAUCUCAGAUUUUUGAUCCAUUGGAACUAGUAGGCCCAGUACUCGUCAGUGGAAAAAUACUGAUGCAGAAAUUAUGGUCAGAUAAGAUCGAUUGGGAUGAGUCACUCCCUGAGGAGAUCCAAACACUGUGGGACGACUACUAUAUGUCCCUACCAGCAAUCAACGACAUUCAGAUUUCACGAAAUGUAAAUUUGCACAAUCGGGAAGAGAAAUUUGAUCUUCAUGGAUUUGGUGAUGCCUCUGAGCGAGCAUUUGGAGCUUGCUUGUAUGCAGUGAGUACGGAUCAUCAAGGCAAUCCACAAUCACACCUGUUAUGUGCUAAGUCAAAGGUAGCACCAUUGAAGGUCAUUUCAGUACCAAGACUAGAGUUGGAAGCUGCUCUACUGCUUACUCAACUUUACCAAACAAUGAAGACUACGUUUAUUGACAAAAUUGGUCAAGUUACUCUUUGGAGUGAUAGUACUAUCGUGCUAGGAUGGGUUAAAACUAAACCCAGCAUUCUGAAGACAUUUGUGGCGAAUAGAGUAGCCAAAAUUCAGGAACAGACUAAGCACAUUAAUUGGUUGCAUGUGCCCACUGAUGAGAAUCCAGCAGAUUUAAUAUCUAGAGGUGUCUCCCCCAAGGACUUGAAGGAGUCUAAACUUUGGUGGAAUAGUCCUCAUUAUCUCCAAGAUGAGAACAAGAGACCUACAGAGAUGAAAAACCCAGCAACAGAUUUGCCUGAAGUGAAAAUUACUGAGGUCACUUUGACAUCGAUGUUACCGACAAAAAUACUCCACAGGUGUUCAUCAGAAUCUUUCAGCGAAACGAGCAGAAUUGUUGCGUACUGCUUUCGCUUCCUAUCUGCGUUUACCGAGCAGAAGGAACCCAGUCCACUGAAUGUUGAAGAGCUGAAUAAAGCUGAAAAAAUAAUCAUCAAGUGGGUACAGCACCAAGAAUUUCCAAUCGAGUUGCACUGUCUAAAGGAAGAACGUGAAAUUCCUCGUAAAAGUGUAUUACGUUCGUUGAGCCCCUUCCUGGACUGUGAAAGUUUGAUCCGAGUAGGAGGGAGAUUGAAAUAUGCCAGUGUGUCAGAGAAUCAGAAACAUCCGAUGGUACUACCAGCUAAAAAUCACAUCACCAACAUCAUCAUGAGUGAUGAGCAUGUACGUCUGCACCACUGUCCCCCAGAGCAACUGCUGCAUGCCGUUCGACAGCGAUUUUGGCCCCUCAGUGGGCGUAGAGAAGCACAGAAGGUCGUGAAACACUGCCUCAAGUGUUUUCGGUUCAAUCCGAGGAUCCCUGGCAUCAUGAUGGGAGAACUACCCAAGGAAAGGGUAAGAGGAGAUCAACGUCCCUUCACUGUUAGUGGUGUUGAUUAUGCUGGCCCUAUACAGGUGAGAGAAAGUCGACGCAGAGGUCGCAUUCAUAUCUCCAAGGGUUACAUCGCUGUAUUCGUUUGUUUCGCCACAAAGGCUGUCCACCUCGAAUUGGUGAGUGACCUCACAACUGAAGCCUACCUCGCCGCUUUGAAUCGAUUUACAGCGCGCCGUGGAGUGUGCUCGCAGUUGUACUCGGACAAUGGGACCAACUUCGUUGGAACAUCUCGAGCGUUAAGUGAAAUUUUUGAAUUUCUCACCACCAAUGAGACAGAGCUUGUUGAACGUCUUGCCAAGCAACGCAUCAGCUGGAGUUUUAUUCCUCCUCGCUCGCCACAUUUUGGUGGUUUGUGGGAAGCGGCGGUGAAAAUCAUGAAGAGACAUCUCAACACCGUCACUCAAGGUCGAGUUAUGACGUAUGAGGAAUAUUACACUCUGUUGACCGAAAUAGAGGCGAUCCUCAACUCUCGUCCGCUAACUCCAUUGACCAACCACCCUGAUGAUCUUCAGGUUCUCACUCCAGCACAUUUUUUGAUUGGUGAGUCAUUAUUACAACCUGUGAGUAGAAACCUGCUUGAAAUGCCAGAGAAUCGCCUGUCACGUUGGCAGUUGUGUCAGAAAUUACGACAACAAGUGUGGGCUCAUUGGCAAAAGGAAUACCUCCAGGAACUGCAGAAGAGGGUGAAAUGGACUGAUUCAAGUGAACCUAUUGAGCUAAAUACUCUGGUUUUGCUCAUUGAAGACAACGUGUCACCUCUUCACUGGCCUUUGGGUCGUGUUAUUGAGCUCCACCCUGGAGCUGAUGGUCUAGUCAGGGUCGCAACUGUCAACACCUCAACUGGGAACUUCAAACGUGCUGUGAAGAAGAUCUGCCCCCUACCAAUGGACGUGGGCGAAGAUUAA